UAAGUUCUAUUUUCUAUUCUAUCACAGAAUUUAUAAUCAUAUUCUGUGGCUCUAUGAGUUAUGACUAAAAAAAAAUAGUUUUCCAAAAUUAUGAAUUCAGAAAUUGGCAUAUAAAAAGUAAAAUUCAAUGGGACUUCGUUUUAGUGUCUUUAUAUGUUAAUUCUAUUCAUUCGGGAAAGUGUGAACGUUCCGUUUUUUAAAAACAGCUUUUCUCUCUCUAUCUAAUACGUACAAGAUUGCAGAAAAAUUGUGGACUGUCAAUCUUUAGGAAUUUUUGUUGCGUAUUUAAAAUCCGUCAAUUUUAAUCAAAUUGCCGUUCGUAUUAAUCAGUUUAAGUAAUUUAAUUCAUAAUGCCUAGAGGAAAAUUUACAAAUCACAAAGGUCGCAACCGCAGAUUUACGAACCCAGAAGAACUGGAAGAAGAACGAAGGAGAGAAGAGCAAAAAAAGAAGUGGAGACAACAGCAGGGGGUUAGCAGCAGUGAGGAAUCUGAUGAUGAGGCUACCGGUGAUAAGAAAAUUAGUGAAGAAUCUGGCAGUGAAUCAGAGGAGGAAAGUAGCGAAGAAGAUAAGAAAGCAAAAGGUGUUUCUAAUCUAAUAGAAAUAGAGAAUCCAAAUAGGGUACAAAAGAAAGUAAAGAAACUCUCUACUCUGAACACAACAGAUCUAGAGAGCAAGCCACAGCUAUCCAGGCGAGAGAGGGAAGAAAUAGAGAGGCAACGGGCACAGGCCCAUUACCAGAAGCUGCAUGCGGAGGGCAAGACGGACCAGGCAAGGGCGGAUCUUGCGCGGCUGGCGAUCAUCAAACAACAGAGAGAGGAAGCUAAGAAGAGAAGAGAAGCCGAACAGAAAGAAAAGGAAAAUGCUGCUAAAGAAAAAACGGCUCAGGUGAAGAAAGCCCUAGGAAAAAAAUAAAUUUAUUUUUAAGAUAUCACUCAGUUUUCAUAUUAUUGCAAUAUUAAUUAAUAUAAAUGUGUUUCACUGUUCAAUGUGCGGAGAAGUUCAAUAGCGUGUUUUAUUUCGUGACGAAUUUAUGGUCACUGGGCACAGAUGAAAAAAAGGAUGUUUAUUAUAUCAUUUAUAUUAUGUCUUUUGUAAUAAUAAAUUAAGAAAUUAACAGUAA